CGUGCCGAACGCAGUGCCUUGAGCUCCUAGCGCCCGCGGAGGGGCGGUCUUCGAGCCCUUGGGCUGGCGUUGGCGCUGGUGGCAGGCCAGUGGGGGUCCACCGCUACGGCUUGGCCUCUUCCGGGUACUGAUGGAGUCGUCCCGGAUUCUCUAGGAGGAGGGUCCGCAACUGCGAGCCAGGGAGAACCCGGGACAUCAGCACCUGCUGCCGGAUGGCGCUUAAUGGGUGCUUCAGUUUGGACUACCAUGGCAACCCCCACCCAGGGGACUUGAUUGAAGUGUUCCGUCCUGGCUAUCAGCACUGGGCGCUGUACUUGGGUGAUGGUUAUGUCAUCAACAUAGCACCUGUAGAUGGCAUUCCUUCGGCAUUUACAAGUGCCAAGUCUGUGUUCAGCACAAAGGCCCUGGUGAAGAUGCAGCUCUUGAAGGAUGUGGUAGGAAAUGACAAAUACCGAAUAAACAAUAAAUAUGAUGAAAUGCACCCCCCUCUCCCUGUGGAUGAAGUCAUGCAGCGGUCAGAGUUUGUUAUUGGACAAGAGGUGGCAUAUGACUUACUGGUCAACAACUGUGAGCAUUUUGUGACUUUGCUUCGCUAUGGAGAAGGGGUUUCAGAGCAGGCCAGCCGAGCAGUAAGUACCAUUGGAUGGGUGACAGCUGCUGUUGGUGCCUUCUCAUUCCUGGGCUUGUUUUCAAAAAGACAAAGAGCAAAAUACUAUUAACAGUUUAUUGAAGAGAUAUUGGAACUGAAGGAAUUUGUGAGGAGGAAAAUAAAAAAAAAAAACCUGGAAUCUUUCAACGCAUCAUUAUUGUUCCAAAUUCUGAUGAUGGAUAGCAGGCUCUUUAACAAAUUGCUUUCUGAUAUUAUCUUAUCAUUGAGCCAAGGAAAUUUCUUUCCCUACUAGCAUAGAUUUGCUGUGGCAGCUGGAACAAAAAGCUGUAGCCUCUGAGUGAGCCAGCAGAGAAUCUUAAGAAAAUCACAUCACAUUUUAUCUUCUACUGUAAAUAUUGUUUUCCAUUUCCUUAAGGGUGGCUAUUUUGCCAGAGGGAUAGAGAACCAUUUCCAGGGGAAAGCAAAGUUAGAACCCCAGAUUGUUAGGUUGACAUGUUAAUUCAUAUUCCUUUUCUUGUGAGAAAAGAAACUGGGAAAUUCUGGUUUGGCAGCUUGAGGACCUGUGAGUGACAAGCCUUUUGAGGGUGUGCCUCCAACUCCCACACUCUGUAGGUGUAGGCGGGUGGGAAGAGCACGGGAGGAGCUCUUCACUUCCCAACUUCAGAUCCAGUGAUUUCUCUGGAAUUCACUUGCUUGUCAAGAGCACAUGACAAUCCAUGAGUGACAUGGGCUGCUAUUUCUACAGUUACAUUUUGAAUGUUUCAGGGGUUUGACAUUUGAACCUUGGCAAGAGGUCAUCAAACGUUGGUUUAAAGUGCCAAAAUUAGGAAACAAUAUCUUGUACUGCUUUUUAAGGUUUGUACUAUAAGCCAAGGAGUGUCAUGAUUUUAUUCUUACAUUUUAUUGGUUAGCUGUUGAAUUUAAAUUUAUUACCAUUUGAGUAGACUUCUUCAUUACUGCAGGUAAGGAAAGGUGAGGCAUAGGUCUUUCUAAGAUGAUAGUGGACACUAUAACUUAUCCCAUAAACCACAUUGCCUCUUUACCUCCUUAUUCCAUCCUUAAAAGCAUGGCAUUAGAUAAAGUAGAUAAAAGACAGUGAAAGUCUUGGACCUAUUACACUGAUUUAGAUGUUACCUCAUGUCCAGAAAUACUGUACAAGCUAAUCACAGGCUUAAGAGUAAUGUCAACAGCAGGGGUUGUGCACUGCAGUCCUGGCCACAGACAUCUAAUCUUUCUUCCCUCCUUUUUCCUUAUGUAACCCUUGGUUUCUCAUGGCACUGGCUCUGUCUCCAGACAACCCCCAAACUUUCUUCCCCCACUGAUCAUCUGAGAAGGUAUGUGUGUCUUCCACCAGGUACAAGAUCCUUUUUUUUGAUGGUGGUUUUGGGGAUUGAACCAGGGCCUCAUUCAUGUGAGGCAAGCACUUUACCAUUGAUCUAUACCCAAAGCCCUUCUUAUUUUGACAGUGUCUCACUACAUUGUUCACACUUGCCUUGAAUUUGUGAUCCUCCUGCCUCAGAUUCCCCAGUAGCUGGGAUUAUAGGUGUGUGCCACCAUGCUAAGCCCUUUAAUUUUUAUUCUAAAUUCAGGUUUCUGCUUCUUUAUGUCCUACUCCCAAGAAAUAGUCAAUGAAUAGACGCUUUCUAGAGCUAUUGAAUUAAGGUGAGACUGGCAGCAGCUUGUUACCUUUCCCCAUUUAAGGCAAUUGAGCGAGAAAAUUCAGAUUACUAAAAUUCAUGAUGAAAAAGGAAAUAUCAUAAUGGACACUACUGAAAUAAGAAGAUAUUUAGAAACUAUUUUGAAAUUUUAUACUCCGGUAAAAUGGAAAAUCUCAAAGACAUUAACAAAUUUCUAGAGACAUAUACUCUACCCAAACUGAAUCAGGAGGGCACACACAAUUUAAACAGAUCAAUUUCAAACAAUGAAAUAGAAGAUGCCAUCAAAAGCCUACCAACAAAGAAAAGACUAGGACCAGAAGGAUUCUCAGCCAAGGUCUAUGAGGCCCUCAAAGAAGAAUUAACACCAAUACCCCUCAAAUUAUUUCAUGAUAUAGAAAAGAAGGGAACCCUUCCAAACUCAUUCUGUGAGGCUAGUAUCACCCUAAUACCAAAACCAGACAAAGACACAUCAAGGAAAGAAAACUUGAGACUAAGAUCCCUGAUAAACAGACAUAAAAAUUCUCAAUAAAAUUCUGGCAAAUUAAAUACAAAAACAUUAAAAAGAUAGUGCACCAUAAUCAAAUGGGGCUUAUUCCAGGGUUGAAAGGUUGAUUUGACAUCAAUCAACGUAACUCAUCACAUCAAUAGAUUUAAAGACAUGAACCAUUUGAUCACCUCAAUAGAUGCAGAAAAAGCAUUUGACGAAUACAUGUUCAAAACACAGGGCCAAUCUUAACCCAAGGAAGGGAACCUGGCUUUUGCAGAAUUACAACAUUGGUGAGUGAAAGAGGAUGGAGUUAAUUUCCUGAGGGCCAAAAGUCAAAUCUUUCUAGAGCACCCUGGAGGUCUCUGCUCCAAAAGAGAGUCCUAGCUGUGCAGAAUAAAGCCACAAAUGCACUUUUGAAUUCAUGGAUUGAUAAUGUCAGAGGUGACAGUGUUCCUUCUCCUUAGAAGUUAGUUCACAGAAUUAAUCAUGGUUUCCCCAUAAAAAGGUCCCUUCUUGGGGACAAGCCACCUGAGGCUACCUACCUUGUUUUCCUGCAGGUCAUCAAGGCCAUCAUUUGCUGUGUCAUCAUGCUUAUCAUGCUUUGAUCAAACUUUUUUUCCCCUAACAUAAUUAAACCUUCCUUUGAACGUAUUUUUGGCAGUCAGUUAUGGAGUUUAAUUUUUCAUGUUCCAAAAAAGAAAUGUGAAAUAAGGAUCACCACCCACCAGAUCCCUAAUAGAUUGUUAGUAAAACUGAAAAAAAGCAAACAAAAAAAAAACCAGACUGUACUUGUAUUGAAAAUCAGGAUUUUUUAAAAAAUAUGUUUAUGCUCUCUAAAUGUUAUACUGAUAUCAAUUGAAUCUUUUCAUUCUAAAAGUCAAAAUACUAAAUAUAGAUGUCAACUCAAGGAACCUGGGCUACCAUAUAUUUAGGUUAACAUUACAUUUCCUAAUCAUAAGCUAAAAUCUCUUUUCAAAAAAUAUUUGUAUGUUGUUGUUAGGCAAUAAAUUAGACACAUUUUGAAAAUGAUCUCUCUCCAAAGAGCUGUUAAUAGGAGGAAAAAACAACAACAAAAUGUUGAGUUUAUUUUUAUGUAAGAAGGUUUAUUUGUGCUACUGGUUGAGUAACAUAGUUUAUAAUGCUAUUUACAGGAGGAAAUUGCUAAAAUAUUGAAAAAAAUUGUCAGUCCUAAAGAUUACAGAUCGUAAACUCAGGGCUAUUUCAUAUUGAAUCCAUAUAUCAUGAUAUUAGGCACACAUUUGACAAUUAUGGGAUGGAACUGGUUUUAGUUAACCAGCAAUUAGCUUUGCCUAUGGUCUGUUGAAAAUCUGUUCAGUUGGCACAAUUAGAUUUAUUAUUCUAAGGAAAACCUAGUAGGUUAUUUCAAAUAUUCACCAGAAAUAAAUUUCUUCCUCUGAAAAAUAUACAUUUUAUAUAUGCACAUUUAUCUAUGUAUGUGUAUAUAAGUAGAUAGGGCGAAGGAUAUAUUUGUAAAGAAUGUACCCUUCUUGUCUUUCAUGUGCAUUUGGAAUGAUUUAUAUAAUUAAAAGAUGAAGUAGAGCAUAAGGUCAUCUGGAAGCCAGAGGAUUUUCAUGGGUCCCUUUCUUAGGGUUGUUUAUAAGACAAGUGAUGUUGAAUUUGGCCUGUCUUUUUUUUUUCACCCAGAACUUACUUGAAGUUUUGGUGUGUCAGUAAUAAAUCAAAGCACCAGGCUUUCUGAGGUGAAAAGCACAUUUUAACAGCCUUCCAUUAUUUUGGGGAUCUACCAUGGACCUUCUAGCUCAAUACUUUGGGAAUUGUCAAACUUUGGUGGAGUUUGCUUAGGUAUUAGCUAUGCCUGUGCUAAGAUUAUAUGCAAUUAACACAAAUCUCUGCCGUUCUCCACUUCCACAUGACUCUGGCUUACUACAUAGUUAGGGUUGAAUUUUCUGAAGUAAAUGUUAAUACUUAUUUCUAUUAAAACCAUACAGUGAAGCAAAAAGGAGGAAUUUAGUUAUCUUGUAAAAAGAUAUGUACAUAUAUAUAUAUAUAUACAAAUGAAUGUAAGAUUUAAAGAAACUUGUGUGAUAAUUAACAUAUUGGUAAAACUUUCAAAGACCAAAUGUUUCCUUAGCUUUUCUUUAUUCUAUUGAUGUUUGUACUUCUAAUUUUAUUAUCCUAAGAGCUGUGCAUUUUAAACAAUACAAUAUGAAUAAAGCAUAUUAAAAUGAUAACCCAAGAAAUGCAUUUUUUUCUCCCAAUAGGAAAGGAUAUAGUCAAAAUAGAUAAAUUCAAGGUCCUCUGUUGCAAGGCUAAGUGCACUGAGAAAUGUGCUUCAGAUGAUCAGAUGGACAGCAAAAAGAAAAGGGUACAUUCUUUUCACCUUCCACAUGUUUUAGUUUGGAGGAGGGUGAUGCUGCUCAAUGCGUAUAACAAUUCCAAUUAGAGUCUGGUCCAAAAAUGCUGUUCUUUGAUUUGGUCCCCUGAUUUGAGUUUUUCUUUUGGGACCAGUUCAUGGUUUUCAUAGCCUUUGUUGAUGUAGAAUCCAUUUUUACCAUCACUUGCAUAGUCCGUCCUAUUUAUGGGGGGCCAGGUAGAGUCUUCUGCCAGCUUUUUUUGCCAGGUCCUAUAUUGACUUUUAGAGUAGAAUCCAAAUACUUUCUUGAUCAACAGCCAGAACGCUCGAUUCUGAAGGAUGGCAUCCUGGAAAAUUAGAUGUGAAAAACAGUCAAAUCACUGUGCAGUCUCCGUGCAGCCAGGCAGCUCCCCACACUUCCCCUGGGUUGUGCUCCUGGCGGCUGCUGCUGCUGCUGCUUCUCCUCCCUGAGGUCCCCUUAUUCUUCCUUUAAGAAGUAAAUGGUUGCUUCUGUUCACAGUUACCUGCCGAAAGCAUACGGCCUUUCACCUAUCCAGAUUUUCUGGUUAAAUCCUGGCUAGUGACUCACUCAGGAUUCCUUUUCUGACAGACUGAAAUGAUAGCAAUAUAUAGAAAUGGGAAACCCCUAUUAAUCCUGCUACUUACUACCAGCCACAUACAAGGUGCCAAAUAAAUGCAUGUUGA